AUGCCGUCGCGCACUCCCUCCUUGGAAGACUCGCUGGCUAAANAGGGAGGCCUGACCCUGGCCCGACUCGUCGACUAUGAUGAUCGCAUCACAGAUGCACUCAUCGAUCGCGUGAGUACUCGUCGCAAUCAAGUGCUCCAGCCUGGACACUCACUGUCUACAGNNGUCUACUUCUGGACUACAAUUCGUAAGCUGUGCACCAACCGCCCUCUCGGAUCUCGGGGUAUCAGAGAGGACGAUGUCGCACGCAUCCUGCAGACUCAUGUAAUCNUUGAAAAGGAUGCCGCCUCGGCUGCACAGCACCUGUUGCAACUACCUGCUCUGGCCCGUUACCUCAACGCACUCACCUCCAAGGAAGAGAAGAAACACUUCCAGGAUCAUUUCAGGAAAUAUGUCAAUAUCUACCUUCCCGAUUGUCCCUUCGAGGUUACAACUACCAACCGCUACACAAUCACCACCCAUGAGGCUGCAACCGUCGCUCGCAAACAUAUCCGCAGAAACGAGACCAUCAAAUAUUUGACUGGCGUCCAAGUUGCCAUGUCCGAGGCGGAAGAGAAGAUUCUCGGUGUGAACGACUUUAGUGUUGUUAUGUCCAGUCGCAAGAAGCGCCCAUCUCUGUUUCUCGGUCCUGCGCGCUUCGCCAAUCAUGACUGUAAUGCAAACGCUAAGCUCGUCACCCUGGGCCACAAUGGCAUGACGAUCGUCAGCGUUCGAGAUAUUGAUAUUGGCGAGGAGAUCACUGUGACUUACGGAGAGGACUAUUUUGGGNAGGACAACUGCGAGUGCUUGUGCGCAACCUGUGAGCGUCUCUUACGGAAUGGUUGGUCCAGGCGACCACUAGCAUCCAGGUACAGCAGCGACUCUCCAGAACUGCAAUCGUCUUCGAACAACAAAAGGAAGUUUACGCCAGAACUCACAUCUGCUGUCGCGAGUCCUUCUUCGUCCAAGCGUCAAAAGAUGGACGUUCCAUCUCCAUCACUGAAUGCCUCGCCACGAAUUUCGACCAUCAGAAAAGAAGUCAGCAUCUCUUCGACGCUGGAACCAUCAACACAAGUCCUCAAUAUCAAGCGAGAAAUCAGUGCUCCUUCAGCCCUCCCAGCCGUUCCCGCCAAUGACAGCGAAAGCGAUACUUUGGGAUCGGCAUUUNUCAAGCCAAAACAAAUACUCAAACACCGUUAUGGCAAGGUGGGCCGGCCAUAUAAACCAACGUACCAAACUGCGCGUUCUAUGUCUCCAUCAUCGUCCACCACAGAAGACGUCUCGCAGACAUCCUCGGUCACAACAGAUCCCACAUCCGUCGACGAACCCCCGGCUGAAUCUGACCUAUCAGAUCUUUCUGAGAGCUACGAGUUGGACGACACGUUGCGCGAAGUCAUUCAACGGAAGCCCAAACCAGUAAAAAUGACAACCAGACAAAGCCUACGAAAACAACUCUCUGUACCAAUACCCACCAUCGAAGGCACCGACUCAGAUGUUGAAGAGGAUUCAGCAGCGGAUCGCAGGAAGCCUGGCGACUACACAUUGACAGCUCGCUUGCUAACAAGUGCUGUGUCCCGCUGGGUCGAGUGCCGCAAUUGUGACGAUUACUUUAUUCAACACGAGGCCAAAUUGACGCGAAUCAACUGCCCCCGCUGUGAGAGACAUAGUAAGCUCUACGGAUACGCCUGGCCCAAGACGGACAAGGAGGGCAAGAAUGAUACGGAAGAAAGAGUACUCGAUCAUCGUACAGUCAACCGAUUCCUACACCCAAGCGAGGAGCGAACCACAAAGAAGAGUCGCAAAAGCUUGAGCCAGAUGGUUUCAGAAAGAGAAAGAAGUUUGCGAGAGAGCGAAGAGGCCGAAUCACAAGAAGGCAGAAGGAGAAGUAGGAGAAGAUUCAGCUCGUAA